CAGUUGUUUCUGCUAAUGUCACAAAGAAGUGUUUUUCAGAUAUCCAUCAAACUGAUAUCGCUUAGAAUAGUUUAUCCAAUAAAUUAACUUAUUACAAAAUGGUAGAUAUUAAAAGUAAUGUUAGUUUUGCAUGUCAAAGGUGCUUACAACCGUUAAGAUUAGAUCCAAGUUUUGAUCAUCUUGGGGAACAUACUUUAGCUGAAUUAUCACUUCCUAUUCAGCAACAAGUCGUAGGAGACAUAGAACCACAAAGUGGAAGUCUUGAAAAUCUAGUCCCUCCAUUUCGACUCACAGAGUCUACUAAUGGAACAAACGGAUUUAUGUUGGUUGGAGAUUCUGGAGAAACAGAAAGUCUCAGUCAUCAUUUAAGAGUGAGAGCUACAUUAUUUGACAUACUUAGUAGCAGUAGUGCAGCGGAUCAUCCACUUUGUGAUGAAUGUACAGACAGUUUACUAAUGUUGAUAGAUCAACAGUUACGUAUGACUGAAGGAGAAUGGUCUGAUUAUAAUGAAUUCUUAAAAAAAUUAGAAGCUGAUCAGCAGAAUGAUAGUGAUACUGGAGAAAUGGAGAUUUUAGUGAAGGAAUUAGCAGAUGUUAAAGCUGAAGAAGAACGAAUGAUUCAAGAGCUGGAAGCUUUGAGAAAAGAAGAAGCUGCUACAAGAAAUGCAAUCGCUGAAAAAGAAUCAGAAAGAGAAAGGUUACAAAAUGAAGAGGAAAGGUAUUGGAGAGAAUAUUCAAAACAUCGUAGAGAUCUUAUUUUAGCAGAAGAUGAAUGUCGAAGCUUAGAAUGUCAACUUGCCUACGCAGCAUCCCAGCUUGAAAGACUGAAAAAAACAAAUGUUUUCAAUGCUACAUUUUACAUUUGGCACUCGGGACAUUUUGGGACAAUAAAUUCUUUUAGACUGGGCCGUUUGCCAAGUGCACCAGUUGAUUGGUGUGAAAUUAAUGCUGCUUGGGGUCAAACAACACUUUUGUUAACUGCAUUGGCAAGAAAAAUGAAUUUGACUUUUCAACGUUUCCGCCUUGUGCCUUUUGGUAAUCAUAGUUAUAUAGAAGUUCUGGAUCAACAAAAAGAAUUACCACUUUAUGGAAGUGGAGGGUUCAAGUUUUCAUGGGAUACGAAGUUUGAUGCAGCAAUGGUUGCCUUUUUAGACUGUUUACAACAAUUUAAGGAGCAAGUAGAAAAAGGUGACAGUGGAUUUUGUUUACCUUAUAAAAUGGAUCGAGGCAAAAUCGAGGAUUCUGCCACAGGGAAUUCAUACUCUAUCAAAAUUCAAUUUAAUUCUGAAGAACAGUGGACAAAGGCACUGAAAUUUUUAUUAACAAAUUUAAAAUGGGGCCUAGCAUGGGUCAGUAAUCAGUUUACGAAAGAUGAAGCUGAUCAGUAAUUAUAAAUAAUUUUAAUUGAACAUUGUUCUUUAGUUUUUCACUACACCUUGUAAAUAAAAUUUUCUCUUUGUAAAUAAAUUAUGCUAAUUUCGAACAA